UGGGCGGGGCUAGGCGGCGGCGGCCGGCGGGCUGCCUGCCUCAGCCGCUGCUGCCCGGCCCGGCGGGACGCCAUGGGCUGGAUGCCGGCGCAGGGUCGGCUGGCGGCGGGACUGCUGGUGAAUCUGGCGGCUUCCAUCUGCAUCGUUUUCCUGAACAAGUGGCUGUACGUGCGGUUGGGUUUCCCCAACCUCAGCCUCACCCUGGUGCACUUCGCCAUCACCUGGCUCGGCCUUUACCUGUGCCAGGCUCUCGGCGCCUUCUCCCCCAAGAGCCUCCAGCCCUCCCAGGUGCUGCCGUUGGCCCUCAGCUUCUGCGGCUUCGUCGUCUUCACCAACCUCUCCCUCCAGAGCAACACCAUCGGGACCUACCAGCUGGCUAAGGCCAUGACCACGCCGGUCAUCGUGGUCAUCCAGAGCCUGGCUUACGGAAAGACCUUCCCUCUCCGUAUCAAGCUCACCCUGGUCCCCAUCACGCUGGGCGUCUUCCUCAACUCCUACUACGACGUGAAAUUCAACGUCCUCGGGAUGGCGUUCGCCACCUUGGGCGUCCUGGUGACCUCCCUCUACCAAGUGUGGGUAGGAGCUAAACAACAUGAGUUGCAGGUAAACUCUAUGCAGUUGCUGUACUAUCAGGCACCAAUGUCCUCAGCUAUGUUGUUGUUCAUCAUACCCUUCUUCGAGCCAGUCUUUGGAGAAGGGGGAAUAUUUGGGCCCUGGACGCUUUCUGCUGUGAUAAUGGUACUGCUGUCUGGAAUAAUAGCCUUUAUGGUAAACUUGUCCAUUUACUGGAUCAUUGGAAAUACGUCACCUGUCACGUAUAACAUGUUUGGACAUUUCAAGUUCUGCAUCACCCUCCUGGGAGGGUGCCUCUUAUUUAAGGAUCCACUGUCUGUUAAUCAAGGCCUUGGGAUUCUGUGCACAUUGUUGGGCAUUUUAGCUUACACCCACUUCAAGCUUAGCGAGCAGGAAAGCAAUAAGAGUAAAUUGGUUCAGCGUCCAUAAAGCGAGGGUUUCUGGAGAUUAAUAAUAUUGUGAAGGAAAACAAGUAUUUAAAUAUGCAUUGAUUCUAGAAUGCACAAAAUUGCCCCGUUCAUUUAGAUCUAUGGUUUUAGUUUAACCGCCAGGAUCAUUAUUCUGUAACUAAACCAAACGAACUGAAUUAUGUAAAAUGCUGGGGUUUUGCCAUCUCAGUCCGUCCUCUCAUUUCUAUUAAAUUUAAAUGGUAACUUAAAAGAGAAAAAGGCACACUUCAAAUUGCUGCGGAAAUUGUACUGAAGUAAUUAUAUUUUUGGCAUACCAAAUGAGAUCAUGAUGGCUACAGUUACAAUACAGAGACAGAGAGAAAGAAAAGGAAUCCUGUCUUUGUGAUCAUGCCAGUAUUGCUGUUGUGAAGAAACUUGGAGGCACUUUUAUGCAGAUGUUCUGGUAUGUAGUGAUAACUUCCUCCUUUUUGUCUGGUGAACGAUGAAGAGGAAACAUACUUUGUUCAGUAGUUUUAAAAAGGGCCGCCAAGCUCAUUGCUAUUUCUUGUAUGCUUUCUUAUGUAUGUUUGGCUUCAACACAUUGACAGGUUUUGGCUGAAGAAAGUAGGUAAAGUUACAGGUGGAGAGAGACUAGAGGAGACAUUGGAAAACUUGAAGCCGCAAGCCAAGCUAUAGAAAAGUAGGAGAUCAGAUCCAAACAGUCCAUCUUAAAUUUUUCUUUUGGUCUAUCAGGACAUUAAUGAAGUCAUUCAUGUUUUAGAAAAUUCUGUUACUGCUUUAUAAUUUUCUCUAUGCCAAAACCAAGGCUUUACGUGAGAUCUUGAAAAUACUCGUGAGCCUAAUAAAAUCUCUGAUUUCGUGGUAAUAACCAAAUAUUUUGCAGCCCUUGCACACAGACACCCAUGCUAAAAAAUAUUUUUGGAGAAAUCUUUGGAAAGGUCACCAUCUGUAUUGGACAUGAAGGAUGCCCGGUUCUCUCUGCUGCUGAAGCCCCACCUCCCUCGCUCCCGCACCUUUCCCCAAGAGUUACUUUCGCUGGGAUCUGCAGAUUUGUCUGUUGUCGUCUUUUCGGGGGGCGGCCCCGGGGGCUGUCUGGGCAGCACUGGCUAGGUAGCAUUUCCUCAACAGACAGUCCUCGGAAAUGUAUCGGAGUGACUGAAGAGUGCGAGGUGAGACCUGCUUCUGCUCUAAUUCAGGAAUGCUUUGAAAAUUAUUUUGUGACAGUAUCAAGCACCGAUUUUGACAACAUGGAAGGAAGAAGUUGAGUGCUGUUCUAUUUAAAAAAAGAAAGAGAAAAUAACUGCUUUCAGUAAAUCUGGUGAGAACAUAUGUUCACUAGAUUUGCAGGGUUAGAAUUUAUUUGCAGUAUCUUAAUCCUUACGUUUUGGGGUUCAUUUUAGCUUCAUCUACCUCUAGCAGAUUUAAAGAGGGGAAUUAUGUGAACAAAAACAGGUAUUUAAGUUUUAGAACCGCCAACGGAAAUGAUAUUUAGUUCCUCUAAGCUUUUUACAAUAUAGGUAACAAGUCUUUGUGUAGGAAACAAUGCAGAUCUUCUCAAGCUUGUAAAUUAUUUAUUCUGUUACAGAGUUCUUGAUUUAAGAAAAAGUUAUUUCUCUGUGUAACCUAAGUUUACACCAUAACACUCUAUAUAAUUUCAGAGUUAGAUACACCUGAGUAAUUUUACAUCUUUACCAACUGUGUCUUAGACAUUGUACUGGUUCAAGGAUAAUUUUUUGUAUACGUUUUUAUAAAUCUAUAUAAUUAGUUUAAAAAUACAGCCUGGACUACUGAAAGAUGUGUUCAGACAGUCCAUCUCUGGAUGCAUAUCCUUCAGUACAUACGCUGAGAAAGCCAUUUGCAUUAAUUUGUGCUGUGCACAAGUUCUUCUAAAAUGUAGAUAGACCACAAAGACUCUUACAGUUAUAAAACAACUGAAUUAGAAGCCUGUAUGACAACCAUAUUUGGGAUGAGUGUGAUGUAAAUAUAUAUGAAGUGGUAGAAUGAACAAAACAACCAUGUCUGAAAAUACAGAAGACUCCUUAAGGAGAGGAGCAGAUCUGCAAGAGAAAGUUAGCAGUAUCAUUAAAACAAUACAUUAUAAAUACAGUCUGUUGCUGGAAUGUGUAAGUCGUGGAGGUCACUUAAGUGAUGUGAUUUUUUUUCAUAUGUUCAAGAACUCUCCUUUGAGAUUUACCUGUUGUAUCUCGCAAACAAAGUAUGUUGAACUUUGUCACAUGGUUCAAAAUAUUAAAUCCAGGAGGCUUGUGUAAUCGUGGGAUAAAUAGAUCUUUGUACGUAUUGUUUCUUUGGAUACCGUGUGUAGGGUGGGAAUAAAUUUUUAAUCACUUGACACCUGCUUAUUGCAGGGGAGAA